ACUCUGGGUAAGACACCAUCCACUGGCAUCACCUCCAACAGCCACAUCCACUACCCUCUCCAGUGUGGUUUCAUCACAGAAGAACUUAAAUUAUCUACAACCAUGAAGUUGGCCUUCCUCUGUCUGUGUCUGGCUAGCGCAGCCUCAGCAGCACCUCCCUUCUUUCAUUACCUGCCUAAUUAUGCAGCUCCCAGACAACAGGUACCCCCCCUCACAGGUAAUCACCAUGCUUGCUGUUUAUCUGCUGAGUCAAAGGUGAAAAUUCCCUUCACUGCUGGACUGAGUCUGCCACAGCCUGGGCUACCUGGUGCCUACAGUGUGGAGUUUCUCUACCCACACCGACCUGUUGGUGGUGCUGGAUCAAACACUGCCCAGCCCUUUCCCCAUGGCUUUAUCAAGUACUCCAUCCCUCAGCCACCAGGCAGACAGAGUGUGGAAGUUUACUACCCCUAUGACUUCUACAACCAAAGGAUACUUUCAAAUAUGCCUCCUAUGACAAACGUCCCCCAGAUAACAAAUGUGCUGCCAUUUGACCACCCUGCUCAAAGUGUUCCCCAAAUCCCAAAUAUUCCCCCAUUUGAGGUCAACCCCCUCCCAUCCCAGGAUCCCAUGCAGCCUCUGCAGCAGGACCAGCCCACACAGACAAGCCAGAUGCCGGUGAAGGUGUGAAGUGGACAGGAAGCAUGAAAAGGACAGAGAAAUGUCAUUGUUUUUAUUCAGAGAUCUGCAGUCAAACAAAUUAUGUGAAGUAUUUCAGAGUGAAUUUG